AUGGAUAUCGAUGACAUCCUUGCCUCCGUUGAUCGUAACGAUGUCUCUACCCCCGAGUCCGCCGCACUGGACCACCAGUUGCUCACACGCUUCUGGGUCGCCGAGCGCGGCGUGUCGGAGCUCCUCCCAUGGCCGGAAGCCCUGAUGAAUCGAAUGAUGGAGCGAGUCCGCAAGCAGAUCGAAACAAUCGAGGACCUAGCCGCCUCCUCCUCAGACCCCACCACUACCAAUAACAGCAACAACAACCCAACCCUAAAUCUCAAACUCUCAAUCCUCCAAACCGACCUCUCUAGAACCCAAUACCUCCUCCGCUCCAUCCUCCGCCAACGCAUCUCGAAACUCACAAAAAACAGCAUGCACUACCUCCUCCGCGUCAGCUCUGCUGCCUCUUCCCAACCCUCCCAACAACACCCAGACUCCCAAAACAACUCCGACCAACAGCCCGAAGACUCCAUCCCCGAUCUAACCGCCGUGACUGACCCCUCGCCGCUAUCAUCACAGGAACUGGACUUCUUGCGCGCGCAUCAGACGCUGCUGGCGGGGCAUUUCGGGGCGUCAUUUUUAGGCUCGUUUCCGGCGCAAUUGAGACGCUUGGAUGAUAAUGCGGGUGGGGUUAGUAUGGUUCAGGGCCCGGAUCCGAGAGAGGUGGUUUUUGUGAGGUGUCUUGUUGAAAGUGUGGGCGUUGUUGUGCCGCCUGGGGAUGGGGUGGAGGUUGAGACGGUGGGUACGGAGAUGCGGAUGGGGGAUGUUUGGGUUGUUCGGUGGGAGGGAGUUAGGGGGGCUUGGGAACGGGGGGAGGUGGAGGUUCUUUGA